GCGGUGCGGCGGCGGACGGGGCGCUGCCCGCCUCCUGGCGGGGCGGUGCCGCCGCUGUUGCUGCCGCCGCCGCCGCCGUCGCCGGCUGAUGACGCGCGGCCGCGGGGCGCCCGCCCGGGGAUUCCCCGUGUUGUUGUCCCGCGGCCCGGCGGGAUGCGAGGCCGGAGCGUGGCGCGGCGCGGCUGGCGCUGAUGGCGGCCCGCUGCGGGGCGGCCCGCGGCUCCCGGCCGGGGCCGGACGAGUUCACCGUCCCGGCGGAGAAAAGCCGCUUGCUGGAGGGGAGCCGGGGCCGAAUCGAGGGCUUGUUCGAGGUGCGGCUGGCCGUGCUGGGGGCGCAGGAGGACUGGCGGGCCGCCCUCCCUCCGCCGGGCCGGCCGCCGGCCGCCGCCAGGAUCUGGGUGCAGCUGGCGGGCGGCGGCAAGGCGGUGCGCUGCGCCAAGGAGUAUAUUAAGGGGCUGUGUGAACCUGAACUCGAAGAAAAGCAGUACUACCCAAAGGACAUGCACUGCAUUUUUGUUGGCGCGCAGAGUGUGUUUCUCAACAGUCUUAUUCAGGAUACCUGUGCUGAUAUAACGGUGCUGGAAAUAGGACUGCUUAUUAUUAAAGGGGGUGCAGAGGCUGUUGUUAUGGCUCAAAGUCAUGUUCAGCAAUUUGUGAACCUUUUCGAGAAUAAUGAAAGCUUACCAAGUGACAAUGAAUCGGAGAUUAAAAAGCAAUUCAGACAGUUUGUGGAAGCACAUGCAGAUAAAUAUACAAUGGAUUUACUGAUUUUGCCUAGCUCACUAAAAAGAGAACUCCUAAGUCUCACGCAAACUGAAUGUUGUGAGGCAGAGAGCAAUAUCAUUGAUCUUACGGGUUCUGAGAGCCCAACAGAGUUUUUACAGGACAAAGCUUCCAAAGUAAUUGUUACAAACAGAGAUGGAAGAACAGGUAGUGAGGAAGCAAGAAACAAUGCUGGGACACCUGUAACAGAACUUACAAAGCAAAUGGACACGGUGUUUUCUGAUGCUCCUGAGACAAGUUUUGUUCCCAUAAAUGUUGUGCCUUCAUUAGAGGCAGUGGUGUCUAAAGAAAGGCAGUCAUGUAAAAGAAGAUCCUCUGAUGCUGAGGAAAGACUCCCUAAAAAGCAAUUCUCUUUGGAAAAUGACCAGGAAGUGAAAUCCACCUCUCACAGUGAUCCUUCCGAGAAGGAUGCAGUUAUUGAUUUGCUUUCAGGUAGCUGUGGUGAAUUAGAUGAUCCCAAUUACUUUAUUAAAGAAGACGAUGAUAUCAGUGAGGAAAUGGAAUAUAAGAUUCUUGUGAACUUUUUCAGAACAAUGGGCUAUUCCCAGAGUAUUGUAGAAAAAGUUAUUGGCAUUCUGGGACAAUCUGUGGAACCGUUAACGUUGCUAGAAGAAAUUGAAAAGGAAAACUUAAAAUUUCAAGAAGAACAUGAACUGUCAUCUCAGAAACCCAGAACUAUAAAUCCUCCUUUAGGAAGUAAUGCAAAUAAUUCACAAAAACUAGAAGACAAAGGCGUUUCUAGCAGUAAGGAUCUACUUAAAUCUGGUCAUACUUCAAAGGAGACAAAAAAUGAACAUCACAAUAUAAGAGAUGUGCCAAGCACGCAAGCUGAUGGGGAAGAUAAAAUGCAUAUAGUGAUAUGCAAACCCCUUUCUCCUUCUGGUAAGAGUUCAACUCUAUGCUGUAAGCAAAGAGAUACUUAUUGCUCUGGUAAGAAUCGCAGUUCAACAUCAAGUGAUACAGAAACUGAUGGUGUUAUAACUUUCAGCCCUAUACAGUCUGGAGUUCCAAAAGAUGUUGAUUUUGUAGCCAGAGGGAGCUCAGAUAUGCAGCGUAUCUCAGCUAAGACUAAAACUGUAGCUCAGCAAAAAUCUGUAGGGCUCUCAGCUGUACAGAAUCUUCAUCCUGUUGCUGAGGACCACUUAGGACACAGUAGCUCUUCUCAAGUGAGAUCGCGCAACCAACACCCUUUCCAAACAUCAGAUUUUGAAAAAUCUACUACAGCCCACGUAAAAAUACAUCCUUCAAGUCCUGACAGGGAGGCGGUGGGACCAUACAGACGUCAUAUUGAUCCUUCAGUUACCGGGGUUCAAAGAUUCCUGGAAUCUCUCAAAAAGCCAUACAGGCUGGAGUUGAAAAACGAACCUGGGAAUCCUUAUUUAAAACAUAUCAUUAUUGAUGGAAGCAACGUUGCAAUGUCUCAUGGUUUAAAGAAAUUCUUCUCCUGUCGAGGAAUUGCAAUAGCUGUUGACUACUUCUGGAAACGUGGCCACAGAAAUAUUACUGUAUUUGUUCCGCAGUGGAGAACAAGGCGCGAUCCUUACAUUACAGAACAGAAUUUCUUAACGCAGCUCCAGGAUGUUGGAAUAUUGUCUUUAACCCCUGCAAGGAUGGUUCUGGGAGCAAGGAUUGCUGCUCAUGAUGACAGAUUUUUAUUACAUCUUGCUGAUAAAACUGGAGGUGUUAUUGUGACUAAUGAUAACUUCAGAGAAUUUGUGACAGAAUCAUUUGCCUGGAGAGAAAUUAUUCAGAAAAGGUUGCUCCAGUACACUUUUGCGGGGGACAUAUUUAUGGUUCCUGACGAUCCUUUGGGAAGAAACGGACCUAGAUUAGAUGACUUCCUUCAAAGUGAAGGCUGUUCUAGAGAUUUUCUGUCAGCACAAAAAGCUUUACAGAACAGUGGACAAUAUUCUUCUGAGACACCUUUCUUCAUGCAAGUCCCCAAACCAACCAGUAGCAGUCGACAGCUUAAAAACCGAGUACACAGUGAUCGUUCAGCAACGUGGCUUCCGCUGGAAACAAACAUGAAGGCUUGUGUAGCAAUUCCACCCCAGAGAUCUGCCUCAGAAACAGUACAGCUAAGAGAAGCCCUGAGAAAAAUAUUUCCUGAUUAUGAGCAGAGACAAAAGAUUGAUCAAAUAUUAGCUGAUCAUCCAUUCAUGAGAGAUCUUAAUGCACUGUCUGCCAUGGUGCUUGACUGAAUACCAUGCAGGGUUUUUAUAUCACAACUGAUCUGAUUAACAAUGAAUGUCAAUGUGAAGAAAAAUAUUGCUCUAUUACUUUGUGAAUAUUCAGAACCUAAUUUUAUUUGUAUAAACAAAGGUAUUUUUGUGUAUGUUCUGUUGCUAAUAGAUGCCAGUUUUGGGUAAAUUAAAAACUGCUGCUACUACAGAUUUGUAUUAAUAUUUUCUAUGAAAAAUUCUUCUGUUUCACUUUAAUUGCUUGUUAAAGCAAUAACAGUUCUAAAGAACUGCUAUCACUUUAGUGUGUUAGCACACAAACUCUAAGGGGAUAAGUCAUAUCAUAGGUUUAAAAAUGACUCAUUUUCAGAUAUCUUGUCCAUGCAUCUGGAAAACAUGCUAUAAGACAAGCCAUGCACCUGUCAGAUAUUGUUGUCUUGUAUCUAGGGUAUAGAUAUUCUUAGAAAGCCUAUGCUCUUAUAGUAGUACUUCCUUUGCUUACAAACCUUCACAUAUUUCUCCAUAAAAAUACAAGCAGACCCUUCUAACGUUUCCAGAUGCAAGGGCUGCUGUAUAAUGUACGUGUACCUGCUUUCCUUAGGCCUGCGUUCAUUAUUUUGGAAAUGGUCUAUACUCCCAAGGUCCGUGGACAACCAUUUGAAGAUCUGCUGUGUGGGAGUCUGGUGUACUGUUGCAGUACUGUCACAAGGUGGCAUUAUUCAUCUGUUGGUUUGUAGUGUUCUAAAGCAAGGUUACUGACCUGUACUCAAAGUGCUAGUUUUUCUAUAAAGAAGAUUAAAAUGCAAGGCAGAUAAUAGUACAUGUUGCUGUGGAUAAAACCAAACAUUAUAUGAAGAACUUAGGGAUGCUGAGCAGUCUUCUGAUAUUACAGCUGACUAGUAAGCUUUGUAUACAUGGCUAAAAUGUCUCUUCAGUCUAUGGACACUGACCAAAAAAAAAUGCACUUGUUCAUCCAGAUUGUGGGAUACUAUGUUAGAGUACUUAGAAGUAAGGUCUCAGCAGGAACAUUUAAAACCACAACUCCCAUCAGUUGAAGUUACUUGUAAUGCUUUAAAAGAUCUGUGGUAUUAACAUUGCUUUCAAAUUAGAAAUUUUUCUGACCAUCAAUACACUUUCAGAAUAACUUAACUA